AUGGCUUACCGACAGGACGAUCAUGGCCGAACACCGCUCGCAUCUGACAGCCAGGCCAACAACGAUGCUGCUUAUGAGGAUUACAUGAGACGCUACCGAGCCCGAAAUCCCAACUCAAACUGGGAACCCAAGACGCGAAGGAUGGUUUGGCCAAUGUAUAACCCAACGCCUUGGCUAUCGCCUACUUCCCCUGAACACCCUCUCACUCCUUUUAGCGAGUGGUACUUUGAUCCUUUUGUAGUUUCUGAUGGAGACCGCGUUGUGCCGAGAUUACCCAUGCCACAUAAAUCCCCAAGAGUCGAACCUCAAAGGCUAAACCCUAACGAAAGCCCGCAGUUGGAAUACGUUGCCGGUGAAGGAUACAGGCAAGUCGAACCAGGUACCCGUUCGGGAGCUAACCAACAGCACUACUUGAGGAGAGCGAAUGAACAGCGGCAGGAAAACGAGCAGCGGCGGGGAAACGAGCGUGGGUUUUUAAGGGAUGUACAAUCUGAAGUUGGCAGGAAUAAUGUAUUUCCUCAGGUUAGCAGAAGCUAUCAGGUCGACAGAAGAGAGCCUCGAGAUGCCAGAAUGUACCCUAAUGCUAAUGCUCGAGCUCCUAUUCCUGAUAAGUGGACUGCGACACCAGAAGCAAGGGAGCGGAUGGACAACGUACAACGGGGAUUGAAUCUUUGA